CCACGGAAUCUAAUGUCAUAAGUUAACCGUAUGCUUUUUAACGCACGGUAGGCCUACCCCAUGUGUUUUGUAUGUAAAGAUUUAUCCGGUGAUUUUCUGCUUCAAAGCAUCGACCAAUCUGGGCUAAAGGGACACUGGAAAACCGGAAUUUCUUUCAGUUUUAUUGAAGGAAAUGGCUUCUAAAAAUGAACUUCUUGGGAAAGCAGAGGAUAUUGCAGAUCAGGUUUUAAGGCGGAGCAAGAAUGUUCUUCCUCAUGUAGCAAGACUGUGUCUGAUUAGUACCUUCUUAGAAGAUGGAAUCAGAAUGUGGUUCCAAUGGGGAGAACAACGGGACUACAUAGAUCAGACAUGGGGCUGUGGGACAGUCAUAAGCACUUUAUUUGUAUUACUUAAUCUGGUUGGACAGCUAGCUGGGUGUGUGAUGGUGCUCAGUAGGCAGAAAGUUCCCGUUGCAUGUGGUCUUCUCUUCGGCAUAAUUGCAUUGCAGACAAUUGCGUACAGCAUAUUAUGGGAUAUCAAGUUUCUUAUGAGGAAUCUUGCCUUAAUUGGAGGUAUUAUCCUCCUCCUUGCUGAGUCACGUACUGAGGGUAAAAGUCUGUUUGCUGGUGUCCCAGACAUGGGUACCAACAAACCCAAGACCUACAUGCAGCUGAGUGGCAGAUUACUUCUAGUCCUUAUGUUUAUGACCCUCCUUCGCUUUGAGAUGACCUUCGUUCAGAUGGCACAGAAUCUCAUUGGAAGCGCCCUCAUCAUCCUGGUUGCCAUCGGCUUCAAGACCAAGCUCUGCGCGCUGGUACUCGUGGCCUGGCUCACCAUCAUCAACUUCUACUACAACGCCUGGUGGAACAUCCCCAGCUACCGCCCGAUGCGAGACUUCCUCAAGUAUGAUUUCUUCCAGACCUUCUCCGUGAUUGGUGGCUUGCUGCUUGUGGUGGCGCUAGGGCCAGGGGGAGUCAGCAUGGAUGAGCAUAAAAAGGACUGGUAAUGUUUUUUAGUAUUCAAUGCCAUAGAGAAGCCUUUGUAUGUGUGUCAGCCCCCCUCUUCUUUUGUGCACCAAUCUCCCCUAAAAUCAUCAAUGGUAUGUUCUCAAUCAGGUAAGGGUCAGCCAAUGGGUAGGUUACACUAAACAUAAGAAAGGGGACUUUCUAUUUGGAAAGUGCUAGACAUUGCAGACCUCCGAGCCAAAAUACUGAAUAGGAGACAUGGGGGAAAACAAGUUUGUUUGGAAACGUCUUUGGUUUUAAAGGCACUGAACACGUUUGGUAACUUUCAAAGUAUUCCAACA